ACUAUACGACAAUCGACCACCAUGUUCGCUGCACGCGCUGAUCAAGAGAAUUUGGCUUAUGCCCAUCAAGCUGCUGCCGCUGCCAAACCAUUGAACCAACAGGCAAAAACUCCCGCCAACAAGGCUCCCAAGACGCCCUUCCGCCGUAACCAAAAUGACGAAAACGACGCUUUCCAGUCUGGUUUCAAGACUACCAAGACAACAAAGAAGGCUAACCUGGAUCCUAAUGCCUUCAUCACUCCUGCAGGCCCACGCAAUCGCGCUCCCCUUGGCAUGAAGACGACCAAUGCUAAGGCAAAGACUCCGGCUCCAUUAACCAUCAAAGCAUCUGCUCAGAAGACUCUCAGUCCUCGGUUGCGCAGGCAGAAGGUCAAAAUCCACCAAGCCGAGCCUGUCCAGCAAGACCAAGACGAUGGUGUCCCAGACAUUGAGUAUAUGCCCCCAGAUCCAUUCGUGACCCUACCUGACCAUCCAGACACAAUUCACGAACGUGACUACUCGGUCCUUUCUCCCGAGUAUGCUACGAAAGGCUUUUGGGGCGCCUUUGAGAACGCCCCUGAUGAGCACGGCGUUCGUCCAUCCGAACGCAAGAAUCGCGAAUUGAUCGCUCGCACCGAUAAGAUCCAGCAAGACAUCAUCCGCCGCGCCCUUGAAGCCGAUGACUUCCUAAGUCUCGACCUCACAAAAGUUCGCAAGGCUUUUGAGGAGAAGGAGCAGCAAGCCAGAGCUCCGUCUAGCCUGUCAGCCCGACGUGCUGCCAGUGCUUUAUCAAGAUCAUCAUCAACCACCACACUUGGUCCUCGCUUCGCUGCACCUACAGCAACCGCUACUGCUCGCUCCCGCACGACCACCGAUGUUCGCUCUCUGCCUCGCAAGCCUGCUUCAUCUCUGACUGCUCCUACUGCAUCAUCAGCUCGCCAUGCCAAUGCUACCGCUGCUUCGCGCAAUACACUCGGCUAUGCUAGAGGCCGUGCCGUUUCUGCUGCCUCGAGACGCCCUCUUUCUACUAUCCACGACAAGCCUGUCACCCCUGCCGAGAAGAAGACCAGAACUGUACUGGAGAAUUUGAUUGCCGACGAUGCCGAGGUUGAAGAAUUGAUUCGCGAACGCAAUGCCCUUAUGGAAGCCAACGAACCUCCUGUCGAGCCUAUGAACAAGCUCUCAAUUCUUUACGAUGAAGAUGACGAGUACAAAGACUUCCAGCUUACCAUACCAGAGUGA